UCUGACUUACAUGUUAUAAUAUUAUCUUAUCUACGUGCCACGGAUUCUUACCAGACAGUGCGGUUUAUUAAAUAUUAGAGCAAAUUUAGGUACCGACUAUCGAGAACAUUAGACAAGAAUAAUAAUAUUAUAAACUUUGAAUAAGCAAAGAUUUUUUCUUUCUUUAUUAUAUCUAGUUCAUUUUUUCCGAAUUCAAAUCAUAUAACUCUUUUUAAAAUAAAAAUAGUUAAUGUUAAUUAUCCUCUAAAAAUGUCUCUAACAUAAGCUAUAGUUUAUAACCUAAGCCUUAACGAAUCCUGUAGGUACGUUGAUUUGCUUGCAUGACUAUACGAGCGAGUUAUCUCCUUAUCAAAAACACAUAUAAUUUGCAAGAAUUGAUUUUGUUUUUUUAACAGAGUGCAGAAUUGACUUGUUAUUAAAUUUAAAGAACAUAGAAUAUUAUCUUGCAGGCCAUAUCAUAGACAUUAUUCCACGAUGUUUUUAUAUUAAAUUUUAAGGUGAUUCAUAAGGACUUUAAAAUUGUAGUAUUUUAGUUAGGUACCAGAUACUUGGUACCUACUUGAAAUAUGCUCACAAUGAAGUUUGAUACACGCGGGUUCACUAAAACACUUUAAUUACUAAUAAGUAUAAUAAUAUAAUGUUAUAAUAGAUUUUAUGUAAAAUAUACGUGAUAAUAUAAAGAAUAAGUGAUGAGUAAAAAAAUGCUAAUUUUUCAGGUAACGAUAUAAAACAAUUUCACCGUGGCAUACUGGUGGUGUUGCAGUUUUGACCCUUCACCUUUCCACAGGUAUCCGUCAUUAUACAUUGUGUUUUAUAGUACGUGAUUUUACUAUCGUAAAUUUCAAUUAUUUUAUCGUCCAAGCAAUAACAUGAUCUGAUAAUAAUUGUCUACCGUUUGGAUUUAUAUGUCAUCGUUGCAGAAGUGUAGAUUGCACUGAAUCCAUAAUUUUGUAUGAAUUAAAAAAUCUAAACUUAAGCUUUUAAAAUGCACAAGUACUUUUUAUUUGCUACGUUAAUCGUAAGCAUACCAUUUCAACGCAUUUUAUGCCAGCUUAAAGAUACGGAAACUAAACUUCAAGCAAUUAUAACACCUAUUGACAUGCUGUAUCGAGAUGAACUAAAUUCUUUAAACCAAAUACCAAUUCGUUCCAAUCGUAUUCAAAAACGGAGUAACAUUAAAACCAAAGGAAUCUACAUAACCAUAUGGUUAAAAAAAAACACUCAGGUGGUGAACUCUGAAGCGAAGGAAAUUGUGUUCAACAAGGAAUCGAACAGUCAUUAUCCUGGCUGCUACGCAGAUGUAAAACGAUCUACUUGUAAUGCAAUGGCCGAAGUCAUCCCAAGCCAAUACAGUGAAGGUUUUUGUUGUUCUUGCAAGAUGGCGGUCAAUAUCCAGAGACAGAUGAACGACUGUCAAGGACAAACCCGGUUUAGGCACGUUAUCCACGGGAGGAACGCCUUUUUAAACGAAGACAUCGAAACGCUGAUCAGUCGAAUGGUGGACAAUAUUGACUCCGAUGACGAGAUGAUUGCAAACGAUACCGGAAGAUCAUCAUCGGGUACUUAUAAGAGACAAAUACGAGGGGGCCAAAGCUGUGAAUCCACAAAUAGGCCUGCAGGAAAUAUCGACGAAGAGUAUAGGUUACACGAGAGCAGUCACUGUUUGCAGUUCAGUGACUUAUGGUACAACGUGAACAAGUUGGAAUCUACGUCAUACCAUCAUUCGCUUACAAUAAGUAUUUAUGAAAAAUAUACAAUGGAUAAUAUUAUACCGUUGUACAGGAAAAUCAUUUCCAAUGUCAAAUUAAGCAACAAUAACAAGAAUUAUGAAAAUGACGAAUCAACUGUGCAAGCAAAUUAUGUAGCUUUAACAUUUGGUGAUGAUCAAUACUAUAGUUUAGACAUAAACAGCGAUAGACUUUUGAUACCAGAAAAAGUACCAUUAAUAGUCAAACAUCUUUAUCCACAAUCAACGGACGAUCCAAAAAAAUAUUUAAUUUUAAACGCAAACAAUAUAAGUACCAAAGGUGACGAAUGUAAUAAGGCUGGAGUAUCAUAUGAAGCGUUCUUCAAACAAUCCAAUAGAUGUGGAGUGAAAAGAUCUAGCUGCUUGAACAACCAACCAUCACAUUUGUGGAAACAUGAUAUGGAUGCAAUCGAGUCAGGAAUUCCAGGGAGUUAUUUUUUAGAAAAUUUCGUUACAUUUCCACAAAAUUCAAAAGUAAUGGAAAAAAUUAAUGGGACUGAAACGUUAAAUUUACAUUAUGAAAUGGAUUAUACUAGUGAAUUAUUGAUUCAUAAGGAAACAAAUUAUAACAGUGUACUUACAACAAGUAAUUAUAUUAGGUAUACAUUGUAACAACGAUUUAUUUGCCAUGAAUAAUCUGUUCUAACGAGGUCUAUAAAGUCGUACAAUACAAUUCAUUGACACAGAUAUUAUAUAAAUAUCUAGUAUUUUGUCUUUUUUAUAGCCAAUGUUGUAUACUUUUAGACAUUCCUUCGACACUUUUGGCCCCCAAGUAUUUGUUUCUUAUAAGUACGCAAUGAUCCUGCAGUAUUGUUUGCAAUCAUCUCGUUGUCCGAGUCAAGAUUGUCUACCAUUCGA